AUGUUAGCUGAUGAUGCGCCUACUGAUCUAACUAGAGAAUGUGUCCAACUCAAGCUAGGAAGAUGGAGAGAGGAACUUGAGAGUAGAGGCUUAAAAAUUAGCAGAACAAAGACAGAAUAUAUGUGGACAGGUGGAGAGGAAUGGCAGGAAACAGUGAAAUUGGGCCAAGAAGACAUAGAGAGGGUUAGCUCCUUCAAAUAUCUUGGUUCUGAUACGAGUGAGAAUGGAAACCUGGAUGCAGAAGUCAGUAAUAGAAUUCAGUGUGAAUGGAUGAAUUGGAGAAAGUCAUCAGGGAUACUUUGUGACAGGAGGAUAAAUGAAAAAGUUAAGAGGAAAGUUUUAUAA